GAUUGGGGCCAGCGAAGUGAAUGAGAAGCAGUAUUACGCCGGUGGUUGUGUUUGCAUGUAGAGCUACACAACGACCUACAGCAGUCACACUUCUAUCUGCUGUGAGAGUUGACAGUUAUCCUGAAAGACACGAGGAUUUUGGACAUAUUUAUCAUCACGUUAUUUACAUUUUGCUUGGGAAUCACAAUGUGCAUGCGCAAAGGACCCUUCGCACGUUUUGACCACUGCAGCCCGUGAGACAUCGGACGACUCUAGUAUAACGGUAAUAUAUAGUCUUUGGUUAUUCCGUUGUCGCCGACAAAAGACGCUCGUGUGUGUCGUCAAGAAAUCUAUUUGUGGUUGAAAUUCUUUAAAUUGGAACCUGGAAAAUCGUCUCUAUCAACAUUUUUGCCAUUCCGGAAAAUUGCCAAGGAAUUUUGCGAAGACGCUGUGACAGGCAAUACAACUGAGUGUGAAAUGUUCCCUUUUUUCUGACCGAAUUUCAAAUAUUCGCACUCUGUUCGUGAUGUGAGAAAAGUCACAUCCUUGAGUGCUUAGAAUUCCAAUCAGCUUACUGAAACCGGAGGCUUGGCAGUUAGACAGCGGAGGAAAACAUCUAAGAAACGAAGUUUACGAAUUAAACCCUCAGAAGAAGCAUGUCCAAAUUAUCAGGUUUGUCGUGUGUGGGUAUAUUCUGGGCAGUUCUGUCACUUCUGGCCACAGUGGCUGCAAGUGUUGGAUUCUACAUGCCAUACUGGCUGCAUGGAGCUUUCAGUGAUUCCACGCCCAUUUAUUUUGGAGUAUUUCGAAGAUGCAACUAUCCCAAACUGGACGAUGGUGGUCACCUUGUGAUCGUCCGCGAGUGUGGCAGAUACACAACUUUCUGGGAUAUACCGAGUGUGUUUUGGCAGAUCGCCACCGUGUCGGUAGGCGUGGGGUGCGGUCUGGGGCUCCUGGUCUCCAUGACCGGGGUGAUGUCGGUGUGUGUCAGGGACGUCAUCACCCCCGUGGUCGGCAAGGUGGCGUCGGCGAUGCAGCUUUGUGCAGGUCUUUUGAUUGGAGGAGGGCUAGCUAUCUAUCCAUACGGCUGGGACAAUGUGGAAGUCCACCAGGCCUGUCAAGGCCUGUCUGGUCACUACAAUCUAGGGAGCUGUACAUUAUCGUGGGCGUUCUACCUGACGGGAUGUGGAGCCGGCUUGACGAUCAUCUGCUGCAUGAUGGCGUGUCACGCUCAUCGCAAGAAAGACACUCACGCGGUCACAUACCAUGUGUAACUUACAACAGAAGGUGUAACUGACGACAGAAGGUGUAACUGACAUCUGUCACUGUCAUUGACUGUAAUCCAUUUCACCACAUCAGCGUGACAAUCAGCUGUUACCACGAAUCAAGCACCUGGCACCUGUUAACUGAGGUGUUGAUGUGCCACCUGUCGGACUUCAGUGUUGUACAUUUCAUGCAAUAGACAUGACAUUGACAUCCAGUGAUGAUGAAACCAACUGCGGAAUCUCAAUAUCUGAAUGUUUUUGUGUUUGUAAUCGACAUCAUCAUGUAGCACAAGAUCUGAAGACCAGUGUACAUGACAUGUGAAAUAUACCAUCAUUUUUCAUUCUUACUGCAAUUCAUCCACAUUAACUUGAAACAAUUGGCACCAUGCACAGCCUGCAUGUCACCAAGCAUGUUCAACAGCACCAGUAGCUGGAUUGAAUUGGCGUGAUGACUGCACAAGAGUUGUUAAGAAAUGAGUGACACUCAUUGCAAUAUUAGACUGAUGUUGUCAAUCACUUGUGCAUCAUCCACGACAGCAUCUGUGUGACAUCUUCCAGCUCAUGAUGAAAUAUACAAAAUAGUCAAAGGGAGACAACUCUCCAAACAUUUACAGUUUGCCAGUGGAUAUGAGGGAAGACACAUACCUUGAUCGAUUUCAGGAAACAUGAUGAAUAUUUAAUUAAAUUUGGUAUGUAUACCAGUACUUACAUAGCAAAUACCUUGAUUCUCACAAAUGUUUGACAUUAAUCCAGGAUUGUUCAUGAAAUAUAUCAGUUUGAGUGGAUUGUGAUAAAAUAAUGAAAAUGUUUUAUACAAAUAAAUCAGUACCCCGGUAUAUGGAUACAUUCAAAUCAACAUUGUUUAGAAUCUUUUCAGAUGGUUGGUUCUAUGUAUCGUGAAUGGAAGAUAACACUCAUUUCUUGUUAAUGCUAAAGUAUGUCUAUUUCAUAAGUUAAGUCAUAGUAUCAGUGAUACCAAAAUUAGCAUACGAAUGUAUGGAAAUAACUUUAUGCUUUUUAAUAAUAUGAUUUUAUGAACCAUUGUGAUCUUUGUUGUAAACAACAAUAUAAAAAUAAGAAUGCUUUUCAGCUCCAAAGAUGAAUAGGAUAGUGCUCUAAGGGAGGUAAUUCAAAAGUAAUGAAAGCAUUCCAAGCCUAAUUUUUUUAAUCAGUUUUGUCUACAUUUUUACUGACCAAACCUGUUUCUUCAAAGCAUGACCAUUUAUACACAGUAUGGCUUGUUUAGCACAAC